AGGCUGUUGGAUUCCCUUCGAGAGAUAACUCCUCGUGUCAUGUUCAUCCAGAGUUGUGUCGCCAUGGACUUAUCUGCCAACGUCUUGCUUGCGGCUGGGGCAUCUCCUGUGAUGCUCCAUGCAGCAGAGGAGGUAGAAGACCUGAUGAAGCUCUCUGCCGCUCUCUCCAUCAGUGCAGGAGCUGCGUCUUCGCCGACUUGGAUCAAGGCCAUGGAGCUCGCAGCGUCCACAGCCCAUGGCAGUGGAAAGCCGUGGGUCCUCGACUCAGAAGGCUGUGGGGAGUCGGCCUAUCGCAGCGAGCUGUGUGCAAGGCUGAUGCAGUACCAUCCUACCGCCGUCAGGGGAAGCCCUCUGGAGAUCAUGGCUCUGGCAGCUGGAGGAGAUGACACUGAAGACUGGGAGGUCAAACUCGAGACACAGCGAGCGUUCCCUGCGGCUCUUGCAUUGGCGAAGCACUUCAAGUGUGUGACGGCGAUAUCGAACACUCAAGACAACAUUGUCACAGAUGGGGCUACCAAAGCGAUCAUACAAAGUGGCGGGAAAAAGGGGUACAUACGUUUGAUUGCGGGUACCGGAACAUCCCUGAGCGCGCUAAGGUCAGCA